AUGGGCACCCGCGCCCCUGCGGCGCCGCUGUCCAGCCUGGCAGCGGCCACGCGAGCCGCGCCCGCGGACAGCAGCGAGGAGUCCGCUGGGAUCAGCGGCGAAGGAGGCGAGGGCAGCAGCAGCGAGUCGGGUGACGACACUGCGUCUCAGGUUGACCUGCAGUUUUUGCAGAGUGUCAACUGCGCGUCCUGCAGCAAGCCUCUGCUCUCAAGAGCGCAAAGGCGCGGCGGCCGCAGCGGCGUCGAUCCUGGCGACUACCUCGUUUGCGACGGCUGCCGCCGCUGCUUCCACGAGCGCUGCUGCGAGCGCAGCGGCGUCGCCACCGGCGCAUCCCGCGACGGUAGCUGGUUCCAUGACGAGGGCUGCAAACGUGCAGCUGCGGCGCUGCAGCAGCAGGCCAGCAAGGGCGCGGCGGCGCUGCCGGGCGGGCGCGCUUGGCAGCUCGUGCCGCUGCGGCGCGGGCUUGGCGGGCGCGACGGCGUUGGUGCCAAAAAGCAGCAGCUUCACGCGCUUUUGGAGGUGCUGGCGCCUGAGUACGGCCCGGGCGUUGCGGACCAGCUGCUGGACGGCACGGGCUACGCCCUGCUGCUCACCAGCGGCACGCAGCCCAUCACGGCUGCGACGCUCGACGUGUAUGGCACGGAUCUUGCCGCAGUGGAUCUCUUCACAACCAAAUUCGAGCUGCGCGCCCAGGGCCACGGCACCGCGCUGCUCCACGCAGCCGAGCAGUUCCUGGGCUCCAAGGCGCGCGUGCGGCGGCUGCUGGCUGUCGCGGCAGCCGACGAGCCGGACGCGCUCGGGGUCAUGACCGACAAGUUUGGCUUCUCGCGGCUCAACGGGCGGCAGGCGCGGGCGCUGGCGAGCGAGUUCCCGGCGUUGCAGUUCUACGAGCGCUCAGUGCUGCUCAGCAAGGACCUCUCCAGUGCGGCGCGUGCAGCGCGGCUCAAGGCGGCGACAGCAAAGGCGGGGGCGGCGCAGCCAGCGGCGGGCGGCGGCACACUCGAGGGUGGUGAUCCUGCAGGGGAGGGCGAAGGCGGAGCGCUUGCGGCGGCCGGUAGCAAUGCGUCAGUGGAGAAGCGGCGGUGA